GCAACCCUAUCCAAACUGCGACAGCGCCAAUGGCAGCAAAACAUAACUGUUACAGGCGAGGAGGAUGACAGCAACAAGGAUUCGAUAGUUUGACUUAGCCUGUCCACGUCAAGGAGAACGUGUUUCUUGGGCUCUACACAAAGAGCCUGUAGCGCUUAGGUCCCGCAUUAAGUAUGAUUCCUUGGUUGCGGCGGAGGUGAGAAAACAUGGGGUGGAAAUCUGAGGUGUCAAGACGAACGUGAUGACAGUAUGGUUGAUGGUGGAGAAGCUCAAAAUGGAAAAACGCCCAUGCAGGGAGGAGAACAUUGACUCAAGCGAGGCCCAGCAUACCAGUGAUGAUUCCGAGGAUGGAAGCAGCUCAGAAAGCGAAUCCGAAGAGCAGCAACACCAGAGGGUCCAGGUGAGCAGGGGUAAGAAGAGGGAGCCCUUGGAUGUUGCCAAACCCCAUCGACAGCUCUGUCGCUCUCCAUGCCUUGACCGGCCCAGUUUUUCCCAGAGUAGCACCGCGCAAGAGUGUCGUGAAGAUGACUCCAGCGCGGGAUCCGGGAUCAAGCCCGCCAGUGAGAGAGAGUACCAGACUAAGAUGGAAUUCGCAUUGAAGUUGGGCUAUUCUGGAGAGCAGGUAGAGACAGUGCUCAACAAGCUGGGGUCUGCUGCACUUAUCAACGACCUCCUUGCUGAGUUAGUAAGGCUUGGAAACAAAGUAGAACCUGAAAUUCAACCUUGCAGCAGUACGGCCACAUCAAUAUCCCGGCCCCCCUGUGUUAAAGAGACUGUUAGUCCAGAGGUGUCAAUGGAAGAUGACUCCUCGUCGGACAUCUUUGAUAACCUCAGGCCCAUCGUCAUCGAUGGCUCCAAUGUGGCAAUGAGCCAUGGAAACAAGGAGGUGUUCUCUUGCCGUGGGAUCCAACUCGCUGUUGAAUGGUUCUUAGAGAAAGGACACAAAGAUAUCACUGUGUUUGUCCCCGCCUGGAGAAAGGAACAGUCAAGGCCAGAUGCCCUCAUCACAGAUCAAGAAAUAUUACGCAAGCUGGAAAAAGAGAAGAUCCUGGUUUUCACUCCAUCUCGGAGAGUUCAAGGCAGGAGAGUGGUGUGCUAUGAUGAUCGCUUCAUAGUGAAGCUGUCUUAUGAUUCUGAUGGAAUUAUUGUGUCAAACGACAACUACAGAGACCUGCAAAAUGAGAAACCAGAGUGGAAGAAGUUCAUAGAAGAGCGUCUCCUAAUGUACUCAUUUGUCAAUGACAAGUUCAUGCCGCCUGAUGAUCCAUUGGGAAGACAUGGUCCAAGCUUAGAAAAUUUCCUUCGCAAGCGUCCUGUUGUUCCAGAGCACAAAAAACAACCUUGCCCCUAUGGGAAAAAGUGCACAUAUGGACAUAAGUGCAAGUACUAUCAUCCGGAGCGUGUCAACCAGCCACAGCGGUCAGUCGCUGAUGAACUGCGGGCUUUUGCCAAAUUGUCUGCGGUGAAGACAAUGAGUGAGGGGGCUUUAGUUAAAUGUGGUACUGGUCCGGCAACUGUUAAGGGGGAUAGCAUCUCUGAGGUCAAACGGGUGGCACCCAAACGUCAGUCUGACCCCAGUAUUCGCUCUGUGGCCUGUGAACCCCCAGAGGCACUGUCCGUUGCUAGGAAGUCUGAGGCAAAUUCAGUGCCUUCCCUUGUGUCUGCUCUCAGCGUGCCCACCAUGCAGCCUGUUAAGAGCCACGCAGCUGGGGCCUUGAACACACGAUCAGCCAGCAGCCCAGUGCCGGGUUCUUUGCAGUUUGCGCACAGUUCUCUAGAGCACAUGUCCAGUGUACAGUACCCUCCUAUUUUAGUUACUAAUAGUCAUGGCGCCUCUAUAACUUACAAUGACCAGUUUCCAAAGUAUGACUCAGUUAGCGACCAUGGAUAUUAUUCACUGCACAGUGAUUUUUCAACUAUGAGCAUGGGCAGCAUGCAUAACGUGGACAGUUUCUGUAGCAUGGAGCACGAGCAUGGCGUGUAUCAGAGAAAUCCCAGCCACUGCCCUGAGUCCUGCCUCAGCCAUUCAAACAGUGACUCCUUCUCCUCUUACGGGGACAUGUACCAGGGCUCUGUGGACAGUAGCUUAGAGGAGGGCAUGAAGGGGCAGCAGCAGUCUCCCGCACCGGGUAGGAUGCAAGCUUUCUCCCAUGGGUUUCGUCAUGAAGCGCUGACUAGAGUACAGAGUUAUGGCCCUGAGGAACCCAAGCAGGGGCCCAGGAAGUUGCCUGGAUCGCGUCUAGCACCACAUAUCCAGCACGUUGCGGUGGGAGCCAGGUCCAGCUGUCCUGGAGACUAUCCCCUCACUCAGAAUGUCCUCCCACCUCUGUCCUCGCAGCCCACAAGGUCUCUCGGUAUGACCCGGAUGGACAGCAUAUCGGACUCAAGGCUGUAUGAUAGCAACCCAAUGAGACAGAGGCGACCUCCACUGUGCCGCGAGCAGCAUGCGAGCUGGGACCCUCUGCCUUGCGGUAAUGAGUCCUAUGGAUAUCAUUCAUAUCCUUUGAGUAACAGCCUGAUGCCGUGUUGCGAGCGAGUGAUGGUCCGCAGCAUGCCAGACAAAAUGGAACAAAUCUGGAAUUCGCCUUGGGAGAUGCCCUCUGCAGCUGAACACCAAGAGCGGUAUGCCAUCCCGGACCACCAGUAUCAAACAUAUCGCAACCUUUGUAACAUCUUUCCUGCUUAUGUUGUCCACUCAGUCAUGGAGAAAAACCCUCAUUUGACCGAUCCACAACAGCUUGCAGCCGUCAUUGUCACAAAAUUGAGGUCAUGCCAUUAAGCAGGUAAUCUUAUUAAACAUUCAGAAGUGAUGUUAAAAGGGAAAUACAGUUUUGAAAUGCAAAGAUAGGCACUUGUUAAAUGUUACUUCAUGUGCAACAUCUGCCCUCAGGAGUUUUCUUUUUCUUUUCAAAUGUCUCGGGUGAGAAAUUAGAUUUUACAUCACUAAAAUGACUUGGAAGUAAAUAGCAUAGAGAAAGUUUGUUUGAUAAGUUUAUCUUGAAUUGUAAAAUGUUUCACAUUUGAAAACUUUUUAUAUGAAGUGGUGUGCAGUUGAAGGUAACAACUUAUUAGAAAUUUGGUUCAUAACACAUUCAUACUACCUGAGCAGGAGCUGCAUAACAGCUUUUUACCAGAUCAACAAUGAACUGAUCCUUUGUUCAGCAUCAUUCAUUCUAGAAAUAACAUUUAUAGAAUAGUUUGCUAACAUUUGGCAGGACUGUUAAAAUAAGAUCAAUUCUUGAAGUCUUGUUGUUGAUUUGAUAUGUUAAAUUAAAAUAGUUUAUGGAGCCCCAGUGUGUUCAGUAUAUAAAGUUAUUGAAAAAAAAGGGAAUAAAUUGUUAAAAAUAACCUGUUCAAAGGAUUUAAGGGACGGUUAAAAUUCUUGCUUGUUUUCACAGUAAAUGUUCGUUAUGUAGUAGACAUUAUUUAUAAAUUUAAUUCCCUUUUUAAGAAAUUUGUUUUUAUAUCAUAAUGACAUUCCCCUAAUGACGCUUUAUGUCCUGUAACUUUACAUUUUCAUAAUGUCCAUUUAUAUUUCAACUGCUGUGGUGUUCAUGCCUUUUGACCUUUCGGCCAAACGCAUACCUCUUUGAACUGCUACCAGAUUUAGCCAGUUAGCUUGUUAGCUAAAGCAGCAACAAUUUCAAAUCCAUUCUGAAUAAAAUAUCUACCAGCUGCUUUUAAAUAAAACUGAGUACACAGAAACUAACUCCUCCUUUUAAUUAUUUAGCAUAACAAAGCUUCACCUGCUACCCACCUAGCUGGCUAACUAGCUUGCCAGGAUGUUGCUUUGAUUAUUACCCAGCAAGUAACGAGCCAGUGUUAACGCAGCAGCUAACGUUAGCCUGUUAAUUCAGAGUUAGUUCAGCCCCCGUUCCAAAGAGACACAACUUUGUGAAGAGCAUCUAGACUUAAAGUAUUUCUCUCAGACAACCAAAGCCUACAGAAUCAAGCCAACGCUGCUAACAUUGACUAUUUACUCUUUACUUGGGUUGAGUAAUAAUCAAAGCUCAAAACCCAGCCUAGCUAGUUAGGUGAGUAGCAUUGGAGCUACUAAAGAGCUAAAGAGAUGUAUUUACUGUGUAUGUUUUCUGUUUUUACUUCAGCAGUCUAAAAUCUAGUCUAAAAGGUGAUACAUUUGGCAUUGUUGUUGUGUGGCAUCAGGUGCUAACUGGCUAAGUGUGUUAGCAGUUGUUGAGCUUGCUAUCUUGAGAGGGCUGUGACAUCUGUUGUGAAAAACAUCUGCAUGGAGUUACAUGUCACUUUACUUGAAAUACUGACUGGGUUAAUAUAAUAGGAAUUUCAUUCCAUAGUGACUGACUUUAAUAUUUUGUAAUUUGUUCUGAUAUUUUGGGUUAAUUUACAUAUUUCACAUAGUUUGUUUUAUUCAUACAUUAUUUUAUUAAAUUAAUAUUAAUUGGAAUUGGGGUUCCAUAAUUAUGAUUGCAAGCUGGUUUACCGUUAUGAUUUCAACCUAACCUUUACCGUAAUCUCAUCAUAACCAAUGUAGGCAACUGGUUAAUACUUAACCUUGUCCUUAUGUCAAUGUGAGCAAGUGAUGGCAACGUAUUAGAGAUAGAAAGUAAUAACUGAGAAACAUCUCCUACAUUUGCCUUAUUAAAUCUCACAUAAGAGGAUGUCGACAUGUGUACACAAUGUAGCUUUUAUGAAGAUCUUGUUCAGGCCCUGUGAAUGUGUUAUGAAAGGCAUCUAAAGUGUUCUGGUGCAGUGGAACUAUAAAUAUCCUUGCUUAGGUCUGCCUCUGCUGUAAAUAAUUCUUGUGACUUUUUUGUGCAUUUAUUUUGAAGCUAAGUAAGAGGGAGGUAGUUGCAUACCUCACAGCAUGAACUAUGACAUUUAAUGGCCUUAUAUCUGAAUGACCUCACGCUUUAGUCAUUGUCUGAUUGGUUUCAAUGAAAGUCUUAGUCAUUGAAACCUCCUAUUUUCAAAUGUAAAGCACUAUCUCAGUAUCUAAAGAGAUAUAUUUUCUCAGCCUCACCUAACAAAGCUACUAUUUUGGUAGAAUUUGACAGUGCACACAGGAAGCCAAAAACUAGAUUUGACUUGUAUACAUGUGCACAUAUAUGUACAUAUUAUCACACAAAAGCCAUUAUUUCAAAGUCAUUUAUAAGCUGCUAAAUAAUGCCAAAAAAAGAUAGAAUUUAUAUAGUGUCAGUAUUCUACAUAACGUUACAUUAUUUUGGUUCACAGAAUUGAUUGGAUGAAGGUAAAACUAAAAUCUGUGUUUGGAUAAUUUCCUACUGUGUGCUGUAUAGUUACCUUUGAGAUUUAAUUGGAUUCUACAUCCAAGAUUUUCCUAUUUAUAUAUUUGUCAAAUUUGUUGUGCUUAUUCUUUUCAAUGUUAAAAUAUUCAAAGUAUCUUUGUUUCAAACAGUAGCUCUAAUGGACUUCUUUAAGUUGUCGGUGGAGCAGUGUGUUUAAAUGCCGGAGCAAGUUAAUUUAGUUUCAAAUACUACUUUUACAUGCACUUAAGCAGUCUGAUGAUUUCUGAUGCAUACUUAAGAAAAAAUAAGCCUUUAUCAAUUUUAAUAGUUAAGAGAAACCUGGUUAAUCAAGCAAGAUUACUGAUGGGAUUUGGCCAUUAUUACACUUUAUAAAGAAUUGUAUUUUGUGUGUACUAAUGUGCCCAGGAGAGGGAAAGUAAUGGUAAUUAGCAGGAUUAGGCAAUAUUGCUAUUUGUGCACAUGAAUCAUAGCAUUUAGAGUAAUUGUAUCCAAAAUCCAAUCUAUGACAAACACAUUUAUUUCCAUAUUCUCAAUGUGAGUGGUUAAGUUUAAUAAUGUGCUUUGUCUGUUGUCCUUAAUACUGUCGGUUGAAAUGCUCCAGUUGAAAACAAAUAUCAGUGGCAGUGUCAUUGUUUUUUUCAUAGAAAUCAGACAGCAGUGCAUCUAAAUAAGUUCCCCAAUGUUAAUGCCUUAACGUGGUUUCUUAAGUGCAUGUAAACAUAGUGAAACUGAGAAAUACUUUCACUGGGCUGUGGUGUGACUUACACAGGGACACGUCGUAGAAAUGUACUAUUAGAAAUGGAAAAAGUGUUUACUAUCGCAUUUGAAAUGUUUGCUUCAAUGAUUGAAUCUUAACCUGGUUUCAUGUUUGCCAGAUAAAAUGAUAAGAAUCUGGCAGAUAUAGUUAAAUAUUGGACUCAUGUUGUUAUAUCGUGUAGAGUAUGAAGUUUCGAGAAUUGUAUAAAAAAUGCUAGAAAGCAUGUUGAAGAUAACGUUUAUUGUAUGGCUUUUUACGGGAGGCUCAAAUGCUGCAACCCAGACGUACCGCACGCAUACAUGCAGCCAGUCUCCAAGGAUCCUGGAAGGGUUCGGCUGUGCCUUGCACAUUGCUCUCAGGAUGCUUUCCAUUUUCUAGUUUUCAGUCUUUCCCUGCCAAAAUAAUAGUGGUGACUGGCCUACUCUGAUCCAGUACUGAUAUAUUUUGUGAACGUUCUACAUGUAACAUGUAGAACCUUAAAAGCUAGUUAUUUACAGUUCGAACGUAGAGAUGGCAUUGCAAAACUUUGUACUUUUUGUGUAUAUCCUUGUUGUGCACCUUGAGAUGUAGAGAAUUGGGCUAAUAGGAUGGCUUUACGUGAUGCAGAUUUAGUCAGAAGAAGUAAUGUUGGUGUCCGUAAGGGUGCCCAUGCAGCCAAAAAAAGGAACAGCAAUGGGUGCCCAUAUUUUAUUUCAAAUACGCUGUUUGUCAGGAGUUUGUCUUGAUGAAACUUUACAUUUUAUCCACGAGUGGGAGCCUAAGGAUUAAAAUCGUGGCAUUAUGUCAUUGGGUCAAACCGACCACUUUCAUUCACCAGAACUAAGGCUGAGCACAUUCAUGCUCCCAAGAGGAUAAACCCCUCUGAUGUUAAUGAUCUUUCCGUGUUUGUAACAUGUAAAGCCAGCCCUAUCGGCAAGAUCGUGCUGUUACUCCAUUUAAAGGGAAAUGCCACUUAAUUUCAGGAUUCAGGUAUGAUUCCUCGAGGCCUACUAUUGGAUGGCGUGACUGAACUUCACAAAUGUACUGUUUUAUUAGCUACAUCAUUAAAACAGAGGGAAGUGAUGUUGAGCUCAAACACAAGAUGGGCUCCCAUUUGUAUUCAAUGGAGCAGCAUCAGACUAUGUUUCUAUGACAUCACAAACCUGUCCUUUUUGAUUUAGGAAAUAUUUAUGCUUACGAGGAAAAAUUGCCUGAUAAUUUUGCAAAACUGAGUGGUAUUACUCUUUAACAGGCCUAACUAUGUAAGCCUGACUUUCUUUUCAUCGGUCGUGCUUAAAAAAAAUCUUUAUAAUGUUUAGGUACAACUGUGGUUUAUGAACAGAUAUAAAGAAGAAAAAAAAACAUUUGAAUGUGUUUUGCCCAAAUGAGUCUGGGCUUUGCUGACUUUGUUUUUUCAUGAAAAGAGACGAGGCCACCUAAGGCCGGCUGUCUGUUCAUGAGAAGGUGAAACAAACUGCCUAAAUGUUUCUUCAUGUGAAACAAUCAGAUUGCAAGGCUGCUGUCAAGGUUGUUUCUGGCAUUUGGCUAAAAGUUUGCGUGCCGUCCCUUUCCCUCGAGAUAGUUUAAGGCCAUAGAUUUAAAAAAACAAACAUCAGUGGAAAACGACUGACGUACUAGUAGAAUGCUGUCACCGAUGAAAGAAAUAACUGUUAAACAAAACAGCAACGUGGCCGAUUUAAAAACCUGAUUUUAAUUUGGUAUUGGAUUAUGUUUCAUGUGAUGGUGAAAUAGUUUACUGGAAAAGUCCAUUGCUCCAAUGAUGCUUUGAUGUGUUUAGGAAUCUACAUUACAGUAAGCCACAGCACAAAUCUUACACAAUGAAAACAGCCAGGGGUUAAUUGAGUGAUGUUCACUGACAUCUACAGAAGUUUAUGGCGUAGUAAUUACUUGGUUGUGAUUUAGUGCCCAUGACAAGAUGUCUAAUCAAUAUGAACUUGGAUACAUUUUGUUGAAUUGGCCUUUAAACCUGAUUACUUUAUGUUUUCAUAAAGACCCAAGCACAUGAUAGAAUUUUAACAGCCGAUUUUGUUCUCAAGCAUGAGUGGUAAUAUUUCUGGCACUGUGCCACAUCGCCUGCACUUCUGUCAUUAGAUUAAAUGGGCAGUGUGGGCAUGAUACGUAUUGGAGGAAUGUCAAAUACAAAGCCAAGUGGCUGUUAAAUGAUUGGUUGCUUUAAUACUAAAGGUUUAGUUUAUUUUUAAAAAAAAAUGGUUUAAUAUAUUAUAAUUACCAUAGUUAUAAUGCAUUAUAUUGAGAUCAGAUAUGAUACACUACAAAUUCAUUUAUUUGUUUACUGGGUCAUAACAAUUUGAUACAACUUUAAGGUAAAAAACCAGAAGUUUGUAAUUUAUUAAGUAUUAUGUUACUUGACUUAAGUCAUUUUAAUGCUUUAUCAUUUGUGUUGAAUAAUAUCAAAAAGCAUUAUGAAUAUUGAUGUCCCAUAAUAACUUUAAUUAAACAAUGCUAUAAGCACAUAAUACCACAUUAUAAGUAUGUUUAUUUUUGCAUUAUAGACAUGAGCUACAUAGAAAGGGUUAUAUAUUUUUUCUCUUUUUUUUAUUAGAAAUAUCUCAAUGUUGUCCCUCUCCCUAACACACUUCUGUUUUCACUGGACAAUAGACAAUUUCCAAUCUAAAAAUAAACUCUUUCAAUGUACUUUAUAGACAUUCAAUGUGCCAGUCGAGUAUUUCAAUGCUUUGUUGAAAGGUCACCCUAAAGGCCAGAAUGGUUUCCCCCACCCUCCCUUUGAAAGUGCCGCAAA